AAGGUUCGUUGAUUUUGUUGGAUUGCUUUCUGUAAAAUUAAUUUGCUAUAUAUUCUGAAACGAGUCACAAACCAGUAUCAUUGAUCCCAGUGACUUCAGCAACAGUGUACAGAGCAGCUCUCAAGUGACAAUGGCAUUCAAGUUUGUCGUCUUCCUCGCUUCCCUGGCAGUUGCCAGCGCUGGAUACCUGCAGGAAGCUCCAUUGUCCUACAGCACUCUGUCACAUGCUGCCCCACUGGCCUACAACAGCUACGCCCAUGCUGCUCCAUUGGCGUACAACAGCUACGCUCAUGCCGCCCCGGUGACCUAUGCUGCCCAUGCCAGCUAUGCCACCCCGGCCAUCGGAGCUACCCACGAGAGCACUGUCCGCUCCCAUGAUGCUACCGUGUCCCACUACUCCAAGGCCGUCGACACGCCAUACUCGAGCGUCCGCAAGUCUGAUACCCGCAUCACCAACGAGGCCCCCAAGCUGGCCUACGCUAGCUAUGCUGCCCCAGCUGUCGCCACCUACGCCCAUGCUGCUCCAGUUGCCACCUACGCCAAGCAGGUCAGCUAUGCCACCCCAGCUGUCGCCACCUACGCCCAUGCCGCUCCAGUUGCCACCUACGCCAAGCAGGUCAGCUAUGCUGCCCCAGCCCUGACCACCUACGCCCAUGCCGCUCCUGCUGUGUCCUACGCCAAGCAGGUCAGCUAUGCCACCCCAGCUGUCGCCACCUACGCCCAUGCUGCCCCAGUUGCUGUCGCUAAGCAGGUCAGCUAUGCUGCCCCAGCCAUCUCCACCUACGCCCAUGCUGCCCCAGCCGUGUCCUAUGCUGGUUCUUAUGCCCCAGCUCUUUCCUACGCCCAUGCUGCCCCAGCUGUUGCCACGUACGCUCAUGCUGCUCCAGUGACCGUUGCCAAGCAGGUUAGCUAUGCUGCCCCGGCUCUGACCACCUACGCCCAUGCUGCCCCUGCUGUGGCCACCUACGCCCAUGCCACCCCGGCCAUCGCCUCGCACUCCACCGUUGCCCAUGUUGCCUACGACGGUAGCCACGCCCAUUACGCUUUCUAAGGUGUUUUUGAUUUCAAUUGUUGAAAUGUUGUAAAUAUUGUACUGAAUUUUGUUGGAAUGUCAUGGAUUGAUGCAUUAAAAAAUGUGUUGAACAACAUAAA